ACCAGUUUGCUGCAGAGAGGGCGGGACAGCAGCCAGAGUGAGUAUUCAUGAGCUGACGCUGCCAGUCUUGGAAUCAGAUGCACUAGCAUGCACCACAAAGCUGUGCUCAAGAAGCCUACACCGGGGUUUUCUUGUGAUAAGUCUACCAAAGACAAGCAAAAAUGCUACUUUGGGAUAGCAACUCAGAGCCGCAUGGUCCGAGUCCUCUGUUGGAAGCAGGGACUGAAGUCAAUCUAGCUGCUACUGCCUUUGUUCAGUCACCAGCUCAUCUGGCAGCUGGUGGAGGCCAUGCCUUCUUCCUGCUUUGGCAACUACAGACGGGAGCCAAUCUGAACCAACAGGAUUGGAAUGGAGAAGCUCCCAUCCAUAAAGCAGCUAAAGUUGGGAGUUUGGAGUGUCUCACUUUACUUGUUGCCAGUCAGGCCAACAUUGACUUGCGCAAUAAUAAUAGUCAAACAGCAGAAGACCUUGCCCUGGCUUUGGGGUUUUUGGAGUGUGCCCAGUUCCUCAUGAAAGUGAAACAAAUUCAGAACAAGAAAGCAGGAGCACAGUGUAAUUCCUUGAGUGACAAUGAUGAAUCCAUCCAUACCAAUGACUCCAAAAUGCAGAAAGGAGUAUGUGAAAGGAAUAGACUUGUAAACAGAAAGAGAAGGAGAUCAGAUGAUUUGAACUCGAGUCAUGUGAAAAUGAAGAUGCGUGAGAAAUACAAAGCUCUGCAAAGAAAAACAUGAAUAUAAAAGCUCAACGCAAAGUAGUUUGAACAAUGCCUUCCAAGAAGGCGAGUGUGUUCUUCUUGAAGAUCUUUUCAUAUAAUUCCUGCAUGUGCACAAUAAUAUACAGUAAUAUUUUUCUACCACUGAUUCAAGUAUCAUCGAUUUUACGACUGGUAUACUGAUGUUCUUUACUCAUGUGAACACACACAUAAAGCAGUAGACAGUAUACUGACAAUCAACAAAUUGUUCAGAUUAAACAAAUAUGUAUUUGUUGAUAAAAUUGUGUUCUGUAGAUGUGCCUCCAUCUGUAAAUUUUGUAUAGAACCUUUUUGUAAUAACUUGCACGGUAGCUAUAGCUUCUUACUUCUGUUGCUGUAAAUCUGAGAUCGCAAACCUAUUCAACAUUACGCUGGAAGCAUGCCACUUUCAAAAGACAUAUAGAAAGGAGCUGUUAAUAUUCGAUGACAAAAGCAGAAAGCUAUUCAACAUUAAUAGGAUAUAAUCAGAUUUUAUUUGAAAAAUAAUCUUAUACAUAAUUUGUGCUCUGAAAUACUAGAGCAGUAAUUUUAUUUCAGUGGGGUUGUAAGAAGCAUGAUAUUAAAUACAAAUAAAUCAUAUAUACAGAAACCAACUAGUUUAUCACACUUAUAAUUCAACAUAGGCAUUCAAAUACAUUUUGGUCGCUGAGGUAGACACAGAUUAUAAUAAGCAUCUUUGUUCCAGAAAUCUGGACCCUUCCAGCCACACCAGCCCUGUAAAAAAAGGGAAGACAAAAUGAAAUUCAGUGCUUUAAUCCAUUGCUGGUGUAUUAGUGAAAGAACUGGUUUUAUGUAUCCGUAUAUGCACAAAAGCUAAAUUUAAAGCUAUAAAUAAUUACAGCUACUCAGCCGCAGAUUUAUGCAUUUUGAAACAAUAAGAUUGUAUUUGGUUUAUGUCUUUAUUCACUAGUGUGUGUUUACAAUAUAAAUAUGGCCAAUAAACUCCCAAUUAUAUAUAAAAUAAAGCUAUAAAAACAGAAAAUAGUAUUUGCCAGAGACAAACUCUUACAAACUGAAUUAGGGUAACAAAUUGCCAGAAAACUACAUUGAAUUGAUAGAUGUGCCUUUGAAUUCAUCAAGAGUAGACCACAAAUAAAGGGGAUAUUAACUGUUUAUAGUUUAGUAAAAUAGAAUAAAAAUUAUUUAAUAUAUUUAUUAAUAUUAAUAUAACAGAAUGUAACAUAAAACAGUUUUUGCUUCCAUUUCAAUUGCCCACUAUUAGGGAUUGCAUCUAAGUCAACAAUGAGCUUAUUCCAAUACUUCAUUGAAAUAAGUUAUUGAAUUUAUUUGUUUACAAGAAGAAAAGGUUAAGAAUAAAGCAAUAUACAGAGCUUAAUCAAAACAAGACACAAUGUGUUUAUUUUCUUAAAGCCACACAUUCGCACACUAUAAGCAAUUCAUUGUUUCCCACACUUUUAAUGACAAUUAGAAAACAAAAGAAAACUCCAAACGUGGAACAGUUUACCCAGAUCUUUGCAUGUGAGGGUCAUCCUGGAAUUAUGAAAAUGAGUGUUUUAAAACUGUUCCCACUGUGUAAGAGAAAAACUUACAAAUAACUGUAUACUGUUCUGUUAUAAAGAAAAAUAUGUAAGUUAUAUGUAUUUUAAAACUAGCUGAAGUUCAGGUUUAUUAAGUUAAACUAUUUCCUAUAUAAGGUAUUUCCAGUUUCCACUGAAAAUGUUUCAGCAAUAUUCAAGAGGAUUUUGUGAACUUGAUUGAAUUGGUUUAUGCGUUAAUUUAAACAAAAUAUAUGUUAUCACAGUACAGUUAUAUAUUUCUUUGACAAGACCGCUCUCCUAUGUAGAAAUUAAAAUUGUGAAUUUUAUAUAAAAUACCAGUACAUUUAAGAACAA